CCCGCGCCGCCCGCAGCCCCGCGCCCCUGCGCCGUCGGAGCCGGCGUGGCGACAGGAUGAUCGCCGCCUCCGCGGCCGGGAAGGGGCCGGAGGGCAGGUACCCGCUGCACCGCCUGGUCUGGCACAACCGCGCCCGCGAGCUGGACCGGGAGCUCAGCACCCAGCAGGUGGACAUUGAGCAGCUAGACCCGCGGGGCCGCACACCUCUGCACCUCGCCACCACGCUGGGCCACCUGGACUGCGCCAGGGUCCUGCUCCAGCACGGAGCCGACGUGGGCAAAGAGAACCGCAGCGGAUGGACAGUGCUCCAAGAGGCGGUGAGCACCCGCGACCUGGAGCUGGUGCAGCUGGUCCUGCGGUACCGCGACUAUCAGCGAGCCAUCAAGCGCCUGGCUGGGAUCCCCGUCCUGCUGGAGAAGCUGCGCAAGGCCCAGGAUUUCUACGUGGAGAUGAAAUGGGAAUUCACCAGCUGGGUGCCCUUGGUCUCCAAGAUCUGCCCCAGUGACACCUACAAGGUGUGGAAGAGCGGCCAGAACCUGCGUGUGGACACGACGCUGCUCGGCUUCGACCACAUGACCUGGCAGCGGGGAAACCGCAGCUUCGUCUUCCGGGGACAAGACACCAGCGCUGUGGUGCUGGAGAUCGACCACGACCGGCAGGUGGUGUACUCCGAGACGCUGGCACUGGCCAGCCACGACCGCGAGGGCCUGCUGGCUGCUGUGCAGCCCACCGAGGAGCAGGUGAUGGGCCGGCUCACCGCACCCGUCGUCACCACGCAGCUGGACACCAAGAACAUCGCCUUCGAGAGGAACAAGACGGGGCUCCUGGGCUGGCGGAGCGAGAAGACGGAGGUGGUGAACGGGUAUGAGGCCAAGGUUUAUGGCGCGUUCAACGUGGAACUGAUCACGCGGACGCGGACGGAGCACCUUUCCGACCAGCACAAGGGCAAGAGCAAAGCAGGCAGCAAGACCCCACUGCAGUCCUUCCUGGGGAUCGCCGAGCAGCACGUGGGGCCCAGCAAUGGGACGCUGAUCACGCAGACCCGGAGCCAUACCAACCCCACGGCCAUCACCCCCGAGGAGUACUUCAACCCCGGCUUCGAGCUGGGCAGCAGAGACAUGGGGCGCCCCAUGGAGCUCACCACCAAGACGCAGAAGUUCAAGGCCAAGCUGUGGCUGUGUGAGGAUCACCCACUGUCCCUGUGCGAGCAGGUGGCGCCGAUCAUCGACCUCAUGGCCAUAAGCAACGCGCUCUUCGCCAAGCUCCGGGAUUUCAUCACGCUCCGCCUGCCGCCCGGCUUCCCCGUCAAGAUAGAAAUUCCCAUCUUCCACAUCCUCAACGCCCGCAUCACCUUCGGGAACCUCAAUGGCUGCGACGAGCCCGUCAGCUCCGUGCGCCGCAGCUCUGGCAGCGAGGCACCUUCGCCCAGCAGCGACUCCUCCAGCGUCAGCAGCUCCAGCUCCCUGGCCUCCUGCCGGGCUUGUGAGAUGGACCCGUCCCUGUUCGAGGCCCCGCCUGGGUACAGCGUGCUGGGCAGCCAGCGGGACGCCAUGCGCGAGGAGGACGAUGACUUGCUGCAGUUCGCCAUCCAACAGAGCCUGCUGGAGGCUGGCACGGAGUACGACCAGGUGACCAUCUGGGAAGCUUUGACCAACAGCAAGCCGGGCACACACCCCUUGUCCCAGGAGGGCCGGCGAGGCGACAGGACACCCCAGCGCACACCUCCCCCUGGGCAGGCCAGCCCCCAGCAGCAGGGCGGGGGCAGCGGCGGACCCAGCCCCCUGUUCCACAGCUACGACGAGCAGCUGCGCCUGGCCAUGGAGCUGUCGGCGCGGGAGCAGGCGGAGGCGGAACGGCGCACGCGGCAGGAGGAGGAGGAGCUGCGGCGCAUCCUGCAGCUCUCGCUGACCGAGCAGUAGCCCAGCACCUGCAAAGGGCCCUGCAGCUGCUGCCCAGUUCGCGCUGAGCCGGGGCCCUGCACAUGGCCGGGGUGGGUGCGGCCGCCGCUGGGCAGUGGCGUUCCCUGAGCCAGCAAUGCCCCCGUGAGCAGAGAGGUGCCAGCGCUGGCCCACCGCAGAUGCCAUUGCACUGAGCCAUUUAGAGACCAUGCUAAGAACACUGCCGGGGACGCAGGGGCUGUCCCGCCAUGAGGAGACUGCUGCAUCAGAGGGAGUGGGGCAGGGCUUGGAGAAUGGGGAGAGGGCACCACGCCCAGAACCCUGUGGGGGAGGACUGGCGGGGCUGCGAGGCAGGGGGCACCUCCAGACCCAUUACUCAUGCCCAGUCCCAGUGGGCGGGAACUCACCAGCUACAGCCAGCUGCAAAAGCUGGAAACGCAGGGAGGGGGUGGAGAGCCCGAGGCGGCGGGGGGGGGGCACCAGCAGAACUGGGGGGGCAGAGGGGCAGGAAGGGAGGGUGCUAGUUAAGUGGUGCGGGGCCCAGAGGCAGGGCUGGAUGGGGUGAGCUGCACAGGGCAGCAGGAAUGCUGCUGUGUGGUGAUACCAGGAUCUGCUUCCCCCCCACUUCACGGUGCCUGGACUGGGCCCCUUACCCUGCCCCUCCCCUCCCCCGGCAGCUGAGCCUCCUGCCCCGUGACCCACAGCAAGGGCAGGGCCCAGCUGCACACCCCCUGCACCCCACUAUGGGCUCACAGAUGCCCCCAAGUCUUCAACCCAGGGACACUGCCCAGCUCCCUGGGGCUCUGGCACUGCCAGUGACACAUUCACUUCCAUGGGGAGGGAGCGGGGGGGGGUUGCCGUGAGGCUGCGUGUGCCAGGCCCUGCCUUCCUGCCUCGCCCCAGGGCUGCCCCCAGGAGCUGGGCUGGGGAACCAGCAGCGCCAGCCCUGCCUGCUGGGCUCUGGCAGUGCCAGAGCUGGGGAUGGGGGCUGGAAGGACUGGUGAGACUAGCACCCAGGGAGCCCAUAGGGAGGUGGGCACAGGGCAGGUAACUGCUACCUUCCCUGCUGAGCCCCCUCCAGCUGUAGGCACCAGCCCCUUCUGCUGCCGUCUCAGCAUGCGCCAGUCCCGGGCACCGUGGCACCGAUACAGCAUCAAGUGCACUUAGCCAGGAGCCAGGCCAGGCCGGCAGGGUGCCGGCCGCUUUGCCACUAACCAGAGCCCCACCAGCCCGGCCCUGCCAGGGAGCAGCCCACACCAGGACUGUGCCGAGCUCGCGCCCUCCCCAGCCCCAUGGGGGUGCUGCGCAGGCAGCCCCUUGCCAGCACACUUAGGGUGGGCAUGAACCAAAGCCGGCUAGUGGGGGGAGGGAGCAGCUCCCACCCCCUGCCCAGGAGCCAUGCCCCAGAGGAAGCACUGACAGCCCAGCACUGCUACCCCCCCAGCCCCAGGGCACCCCACGCACCAGGAUCCAGCCAACUCCUGAACUAUGGGGAGUGGGGGCAGGUAUCUCUGCCUGGGCAGCACUGCACCCCAGGCCGGGGGGUGUCUGCCAACACCAUCAUUAGGACAGGGAGCCCCACUGCCCCCUGCCGGCCCUCCAGCUCUCAAGUGAGCCCUGGGCGAGGAGUGGGGGGCUGAGCCGGGAGCACCCCGAGCUCUCAAGUGAGCCCCGGGCGAGGAGUGGGGGCUGAGCCGGGAGCACCCCCUGAGCCCAGCCGCAGGUUUCUGCUGCCAGGCCCAGGCCCCAUGCUGCGGUCCCUCCCAGCCCGCCCGCUGCAGCCCCAUGGCCUGGGCUGAGGGGUCCCCUCGUGCCCCCUGCAGCUCCCCACAGUGCACACGCCUCACACAGGGCCCUAACCCCCAGAGGAACCUUACGUCAAAUGGUGCUAACCCCCCGUGUCCCCCCGCCCCCGAGAACACAGCAGCCCUGUGCUGAGACAGGGCCCAGGCCCUCCCUGUGCCAGGCUGGGGGCACUGGGCUUCGCUCGGUCUGCGCAGAGGACAGACUUCCAGGCAUGCCAGCGCAGGGGGGGCGGCCUGGUGAACACAGCUGGCAGGCCAUCCCCCACCUGAGGGGACGUGCCGCCUGGCGAGCAGCCAUCACACACAACCCAGGGCAGCAGCGGGCACUUGGCUCGCUCCCAAAGCUGACGGGGCAGGGACCUUAAUUGCCCACAACACCCCCUGACACACAAACCAACUAUACAGCAGGGGCUGGGGCGUGUGGGCACAGCUGGGGGGGGGGCCAGGCCCACGGGCUGUGAUCACGGUGGACACCAAUAAAAGUCUUUACAUUUGUCUCUUA